AUGGGGUCUAAAAAACACAAGAAAGAAUCAAAAAAGAAGAAGCACCGGAGUCGUUCAAGAUCGCCAUUGGAUGUGGAGGAACGCGAACGAAAACGUCACAAAAAACACAAAGACCGCAAGAAGGAUCGAUCUCCUGACGACACGGUGGCAUUCGAGACGGUUAACCGCAUCCCGAGUGCUGAUCUGGUGAGGUGGGUAUUUGAAGAAGUACCAGUGGACUCCCACCUGCAGAAAGACACCAAUGGUGCGGCACAUUCGAAGAGCCGCAGUGGGACGCGCAGCCACAGCCCCACCCCUGAACCGAGACAUGUCACUAAAGAGAAAGCAAAAGAAAAGGAGCAGUCGCCAGUGGCCGGUGGCGGAGCUCAAGAGAGUUUAUCGAUAGAAGAGACCAACCGUUUACGUGCCAAGCUUGGACUCAAACCUUUGGAAGUCGCUGAAAAGCCAGCUGAAGACGGCAAAAUAAAGGAUGAUUUGGGUGAAUUCUACCACAAGCCAGCCACCAACAUCGCCCAACAGAAGAAAGCAGACAAGCUACGAGAAAAGCUGGAGGAGCGCCGCGAGAAGAGGAAGCUUGAGCAAAAGUUACAAACCACACUUCUAGCAGAUGAGUCAGAUGAUGAAGAUGCAAUAGCUUGGGUAAAGAAAAGUAGAGAAAUUGAGCAACAGAAGAAAGAAGCUGAAAAGAGGGCUGCAAUGUUGGACGAGAUGGACGCGGUGUUCGGAGUCUCUGCACUGGUGGAGGAGGAGCAGGCAGCAGAGAGGCAGGCCAGCUAUGGCGCCACACAUCUAAAGGGCUUGCGAGUUGCCCAUGACAUAGAGGCGCUGGGCGAGGAGCGCGAGGUGGUGCUGACGUUGGCCGACAAGCCGGUGCUGGCGGAGGACCCAGAGGAUGUGCUUGUCAACGUCAACAUGCUGGACGACGAGCGCUAUCGCAAGAACGUGGAGGAGCGCAAGAAGGCGCGCGCGGGCUACCAGGCGUACGACGAGGAGGCGGAGCUGCAGGCGGCGCUGGGCUUCCAGCGGCCCGUGCUGGCCAAGUACGACGAGGUGCUGGCCGAGGGGGGCGGCGCCCCGCCCGCCCACGCCGCCCAGCGCGGCUUCCACAUCGGCGACGACGAGGCCGUCUCGCGCAGGCUGCAGGACCUGCUGAGGCAGGAGCAGAUGCUGCAGGGCGGGCCUGAGAGGCGGCUGGAGUCGUUGCAGACGGCGCUGCGCCCCGCCACCGACUACCUGGACGAGCACGAGAUACAGGCCAAGUUCAAGAAGCCUAAGAGGAAGGGUAAAAUUCGCAAGAAAGCGAAGGAAGAGCCAAUUGACGUAGAUGAUUAUGAAGCGGGCACUGUACCCCUUGACACUGAUGAUACAGAUGUGAAACCGGACGAGCUGAAGAUGGAGAUAGCGAUGGACGACGAGGAGGUGGAGCCGGACAGCGAGCUGCAGGCGGCGCUGGCGCGGGCACGCCGCCUGCGCCAGGCGGAGGAGCGCCACCUCAGGGUGCCGAAGGUGGAGGAGCUGCUGGAGCGCGUCAAGGAGGAGCAGCACGAGGAGAUGGACGCGGGCGCCAUGGUGCUCGACGCCACGGCCGAGUUCUGCCGCACGCUCGGCGACAUCCCCACCUACGGGCUGGCCGGCAACCGCGACCACCACGCGGAGAUCAUGGAGCUGGAGCGCGAGGAGAUGGAGGUGGAGCGGGCGGAGGAGGCGGCGGGCGCCUGGAGCCGCGUCGACGUGCACAACGACCGGCCGCCGGACCUCGCCGCCGGGUCGUCGGUGGCGCUGGACGCGGAGCCGGCGCUGGGCGGCGGCGUGGCGGGCGCGCUGCAGCUGGCGCUGAGCAAGGGCUACCUGGAGCGGGCGGGCGGCGCGCCGGCGCCGCGGCCGCCGCCGCACCAGCUGGCGGCGCGCCACUACUCCAUCGAGGACAAGAGCCACGGCGAGGAGGAGGGGCGCGAGGGGCGCGAGGGGCGGCACGCGCGGCGCGAGCGCGCCCACGCCGGCCCGCUGCUGGAGUUCCGCGAGCGCGCCGGCUUCCGGCCGCACGUGAAGCUCGACUACGUGGACGACGAGGGCCGCCCGCUCUGCCCCAAGGAGGCCUUCCGCUACCUCUCGCACAAGUUCCACGGCAAGGGGCCCGGCAAGAACAAGCAGGAGAAGCGCAUCAAGAAGGCCGUGCAGGAGGGGCUGAUGAAGAAGAUGAGCUCCACGGACACUCCGCUGGGCACCCUCCAAAUGCUGCAGGAGAAACAACGAGAGACGCAUUCGCCCUACGUCGUUCUAAGCGGCGCCAAGCGGGAGCAUAAG